GAAAGUUGUCCUCCAAAUAAUGAUUCCUUUGGAACUCAGAUGCCACCCAUGCGUCAGCAACAGAGGUCUGUAAUGACAGAAGAAUACAAAGUUCCUGAUGGAAUGGUUGGGUUCAUAAUUGGCAGAGGAGGAGAACAGAUUUCUCACAUCCAGCAAGAAUCUGGAUGCAAAAUACAGAUUGCACCUGAUAGUGGUGGCAUGCCUGAAAGAACUUGCAUGUUAACUGGAACCCCAGAGUCAGUACAGUCUGCAAAGAGAUUACUUGAUCAGAUAGUUGAAAAAGGAAGGCCCACGCCAGGAUUCCAUCAUGGGGAUGGUCCAGGAAAUGCAGUCCAGGAAAUUAUGAUUCCAGCUAGCAAAGCAGGAUUAGUUAUUGGAAAAGGUGGCGAGACAAUAAAGCAACUUCAAGAGAGAGCUGGUGUAAAAAUGGUAAUGAUUCAAGACGGACCACAGAACACUGGAGCAGACAAACCUCUUAGAAUCACAGGAGAUCCUUAUAAAGUUCAACGGGCUUUGAGGGGAUCCGGGAGCCUUGCCAACCUCUUGAAGAUCUAA